GCCGAGGGAACUACAAACAGGAGGCGGGGUCCAAGGCGAGGGAUCUACGCGGCUAGCAGUGGCGAAGGCGGCUGUAGCGGCAGCAUGAAGCGGACCCCGACCGCCGAGGAGCGAGAGCGCGAAGCUAAGAAACUGAGGCUUCUCGAGGAGCUUGAAGAUACCUGGCUUCCUUAUCUGACCCCCAAGGAUGAUGAAUUCUAUCAGCAGUGGCAGCUGAAAUACCCUAAGCUAAUUCUCCGCGAAGCCGGCAGCGUGCCCGAGGAGCUCCAUAAAGAAGUUCAAGAAGCCUUCCUCACACUGCACAAGCAUGGCUGCUUCUUCCGGGACCUGGUUAGGAUCCAAGGCAAAGAUCUGCUCACGCCAGUCUCUCGCAUCCUCAUCGGAAACCCAGGCUGCACCUACAAGUACCUGAACACCAGGCUCUUUACGGUACCUUGGCCCGUGAAGGGUGCCAGUACGAGAUACGAGGAGGCUGAAAUCGCGGCUGCUUGUCAAACCUUCCUCAGGCUCAACGACUACCUGCAGAUAGAGACCAUCCAGGCUUUGGAAGAACUCGCUUGCAAAGAGAAAUCGAACAUCGAUGCCGUGCCCGUGUGUAUCGGGCCAGAUUUCCCCAGGGUCGGUAUGGGGUCCUUUGAUGGACAGGAUGAGGUGGACAUGAAGAACAGAGCCGCGUACAACGUAACUCUGUUGAAUUUCAUGGAUCCCCAGAAAAUGCCGUACCUGAAGGAGGAGCCUUAUUUUGGCAUGGGGAAGAUGGCCGUGAGCUGGCAUCACGAUGAGAAUCUCGUGGAGCGGUCAGCGGUGGCGGUGUACAGUUACAGCUGUGAAGGCCCCGAAGAGGAGAGUGAGGACGAUCCCCAGCUCGAAGGCAGAGACCCUGAUACUUGGCAUGUCGGUUUCAAGAUCUCCUGGGACAUAGAGACACCUGGCCUGGCAAUACCCCUUCACCAAGGAGACUGCUAUUUCAUGCUUGACGAUCUCAAUGCCACCCACCAACACUGUGUUUUGGCUGGUUUACCACCUCGGUUUAGUUCCACCCACCGAGUGGCAGAGUGUUCCACCGGAACCUUGGAUUACAUCUUACAGCGCUGCCACAUGGCUCUACAGAAUGUUCGCGACGAGGCAGACCUUGGUGACGUUUCCUUGAAAUGCUUUGAGCCCGCCAUUCUGAAACAAGGAGAGGAAAUCCACAAUGAGGUUGAGUUCGAGUGGCUGAGACAGUUUUGGUUUCAAGGCAAUCGAUACAGAAAAUGCACCGAUUGGUGGUGUCAACCCAUGACCCAACUGGAAGAAUUAUGGAAGAAGAUGGAAGGUGUGACAAAUGCUGUGCUUCGUGAAGUUAGAAGGGAAGGGGUCCCCGUGGAACAAAGGAAUGACAUCUUGACUGCCAUCCUUGCCGCGCUCACCACUCGCCAGAAUCUGAGGAGGGAGUGGCACACCAGGUGCCAGUCCCGAAUUGCCCGGACUCUACCCGCGGGUCAGAAGCCAGAGUGUCGGCCAUAUUGGGAAAAGGAUGACCCCUCGAUGCCUCUGCCAUUUGAUCUCACAGACAUUGUUUCAGAGCUCCGAGGUCUGCUUCUGGAAGCAAAACCCUAGAGGGAGCACAAGUCUUAGGUGGAGGAGGAAAAGAUAGUUUUGGCUUCCUUCCUCCAGCCACGUCAUGGGCUCGGACAUCGCAGUAUAUGGGUAGACUUGGCCUUUAGAUUGUAGAUCCUGGGUCCCGGUUGGAAAGAGUAGGGAAUGGAGCCCAUGAAUAUUAAAAUGUUUAAAAACGACACAAGUGUUAUAAUCUGAUUUGGUAUGAAACGAAAACCCACCCCCGAAAUAACUAUUUCCCCACUUGGAUUUUUAAGGUGAGCCAUUCAUCUCCCAAGGGCCAAGGUGACAGUUGUGAGCCCAGCCUGUGACAGAGCCCAACCUACUUUCCACCUUCCCAAGCCUUUUCAGAGACUGUAGAGUAAAAGAUUCUAAAGUCAUUCGGGGGAGCACAGAACCUAGAUCCAUUCCCCUCAGUUUCUCACAACACCUUCUAGAGGCCAUGCCGUCCAAUAUGGUAGCCGCAAGCUGGGUGUGGCUUCUUAAAUUCAGUUCCAGUCCUAAUUAAAAAUUCAGCUCCCUGGCUGCACUAGCCAUGUGUCAAGUGCUUCACAGCUGCAUGUGACUGGUGACUAGUGUAUCGGGCAGCGCAGACGCAGGACAUUUUCAUCGUUGUAGAAAGUUCCGUCGGGUCACACUUCGAUAAAAAGUUUGAGAGCAGGAGAGUCUCCUCUCCAUUGUCUGUAGUUCCUGCCCUGUGGGCGGAACGAGUCACUAAAGAGUAGCCACUUGCCCUUCUGUGAGACAGACCCACAUAAAAGCCCAACUUAGGAGUUCUGUAUCUGCCCCCAGGAACGAAGAGGUGUCGAAAAUUAAAAUACACUUGACAUCUGUCGUGAGGAAGUUUCCCUGAUCUAAUGAAAGAGACACCACCCUGUUUGUAUUGCUUCAUGGGUUUGGCCUGCAUAUGCAUUUUUCUAGAAUUUGCCCCAUUCGUACAUAAGGCCAGGUGGUGCGUUGAGGCCUGCGGAGCCCCAGGACCCCCUCCUGGUGACAUCGGCGCAUCAGCACGGUGAUGGACGGAAGAGAUUAAAAUCCAGGCACACUGGUUUUAGAGUGCCUGGAUCCAAACACGCUCUGGCUUCAUGCCCUUUGGCAUGUCACCUGCCUCAGUGUCCUCUUCCGUAUAAUGGCGAUGCUAAAGGCACCCAACUCAUGAGGUGAAGAUGAAGUGGAAUAGCCUAGCUACAGGCAUGGAACGAAUUCUGACAGGUAGUUAGAUACCCAGUAAAUAUUCGUAUUCUUACGCGUCAGCAAAGCUGACCUGGUAUAGACGUUGUCCCCUCCUCCCCACGCCCUUUGUACUAGAUUUGUCCCUUUUUGGCUUGGCUCCUGCCCUUCGGUGACCCCGGAAAUCACGAAAGGAGUCAGCCCCUCGCCCCAGCCCAUUGCCUUCUCUCAUAGCGGCUUACAGCAGUAGUUUGGAAGCUGAAAAGCCGUGUGGCCCAUUUUGAGGCACACAGAGAACCAAACUCCAUCCUGCCAUUAGAGCCCCCUGAUUCAAGGUAGAGUUCACAUCUGCAGAGUUAACCCCUGAAAGGCCGUGUUACCCAGAGAAGCCAGGGAUUCAUCAGCUGGAGACUCGGUUCUCUCAGUCCUGAGUCCCUCAUCAGCAGACGAGACAGGAGGUGCCACCUCAGAGGGCUGAUGUCGAGGCUAAAUGAAGUCGUGGCGGUAAGGAGCGUGGGGCACAUAGAAGUCACAGCCCGGGCACCUCCCAUUUUAUUUAGUCCCAGUGCUUGUUCUGUGUUCAAGCUCAUUAGAUGCCAGUGUUUAGACCUUGGGAGAUUUCACCUAAAAUAAAAGCGUAUGUAUUCUCUGUAGAAUUCCGAACAUCUGGCCUUCCGAGACCUCCAUCCUGGCAUGGCAACGAGCUAAGUAGUGUCUUCUCGCUCUUACGGCGUGAUGGGAGCCCUCCACGGCCCUGGUUGUUCCCUCUCAUCAUUUUUCCUAAACCUGACCCCUUCCUGUCAGCAGUCUCCAAACCCACUUGCUUGCGCCCCUGCCGUAGAAAUAGAUAAUCGUGUUUAGUGCUUAACCCCGAUAUGUGUGAUUACUAUUGAGCUCUAUUUGUGAACUACUUGUAGUAAUAUGUCGUGUACAUCAUAAAACAUUCGUAAACAAUAAAACUAUUAAAAGGAGAAGAUAAGAACCCGA